AUGCGCCCCUGUCAGCUGUCCUGUAAGAAGGACUGCAUCGUGAGCCCUUUCAGCGACUGGACGCCUUGCCCUGACUCCUGCGACCCAGCUCUCAGCUCUGUUGGCAGUCAGCAAAGUCGCCGUAGAGUAGUCCUUCAGGAGCCCACAAACGGAGGCCUGGAGUGCCCUGAGGUCCUGGAGGAGCAGAGGGACUGUGAGGCGCCCCAGUCCUGCCCUGGGUUCAGGUGGAAGACACACAAGUGGAGGAGGUGUCAGCUGGUGCCGUGGCUGCUACGGCAGGACGUCCCCAACGCACAGGACGGGUGUGGCCCGGGCCUGCAGACCAGAGCGGUCUCCUGUCGGCAGCUGGAUGGCACCCAAGCGGAGGUGGGCCAGUGCUUGAGGUGGGCUCGCUCCAUGCCCCCCUCGACCCAGCGCUGCCUGCUGCCCUGUCAGGACGACUGCCAGCUCAGCCCCUGGUCCAAGUUCUCCCCCUGCACGGCAGACUGCGUGGGGGUGCGCUCCAGGAAGAGAGCUUUGAUAGGCCGGAGUAAGAAGAAGGACAAAUGUAAGAACACACAGAUGUACCCGCUGAGUGAGACUCAGUACUGUCCCUGUGACAAGUACAACGCUCAGCCCGUGGGGAACUGGUCCGACUGCAUCCUGCCCGAGUCUCCGGCUGGCCCUGGGCCCCUGGGGAAGCCUGAGGGAGGGGCCCCUGCUGUGAGAGGCCAGACCGAGGUCAAGGAGUGUGGCCAGGGCUAUCGCUACCAGGCCAUGGUGUGCUACGACCAGGACAACCGGCUGGUGGAGACCUCCCGCUGCAAUAGUCAUGGCUACAUCGAGGAGGCCUGCAUCAUCCCUUGCCCUUCGGACUGUAAGCUGAGCGAGUGGUCCAACUGGUCACGCUGCAGUAAGUCCUGCGGCAGCGGGGUCAAAGUGCGCUCCAAGUGGCUCCGGGAAAAACCUUACAACGGAGGACGACCCUGCCCCAAGCUGGACCACAUCAACCAGGUCUAUGAGAUGGUCCCCUGUCAGAGUGACUGCAGUCAGUACGUGUGGGUGGCUGAGCCCUGGAGCCUGUGGAAAGUCAGCAACGUGGACCUGAAGGAGAACUGUGGAGAGGGAGUCCAGACCAGGAAAGUCCGCUGUAUGCUGAACACCAUUGAUGGCCCCUCGGAGGCAGUGGAUGAUUACCUAUGUGACCCGGAGGAAAUGCCGCUGGGGGCCAGAGAGAGCCGGCUGCCCUGCCCCGAAGACUGUGUGCUGAACGACUGGGGCCCCUGGAGCCGCUGCAGCCUGCCGUGCACUAGGACUCGCUUCCGGGAGCGCACAGCGUACGUUCUCCGCUCACCCAGCGUGGGGCGCCAGUGUCCCAACACCACAGACAGAGAGCCCUGCAGCCUCAACCUCAACUGCUUCAACUACUUCUUCAACAUCACAGAGUGGAGCACGUGUCAGCUCAGCCCGAGCGCCGUGUGUGGCCCGGGGCUGAAGACCCGAAUGCUGGACUGUGUGCGCAGCGACGGCAAGUCUGUGGACCUGCGCUUCUGUGAGGAGCGGAGCCUGGAGAAGCGCUGGCAGAUGAACAUGUCCUGCACAGUGGAGUGUCCCGUCAACUGUGAACUGUCAAAGUGGUCGUCCUGGUCCCAGUGCUCACAGAGCUGUGGGCUCGAUGACCCACCUCUGGCUCCUUCCUCCUCUCCUACAUCCUCUCCUCCCUCCUCUCCUUCCUCCUCUCCUCCCUCCUCUCCUCCCUCCUCUCCUACAUCCUCUCCUCCCUCCUCUCCUCCCUCCUCUCCUACAUCCUCUCCUCCCUCCUCUCCUCCCUCCUCUCCUACAUCCUCUCCUCCCUCCUCUCCUUCCUCCUCUCCUCCCUCCUCUCCUCCCUCCUCUCCUACAUCCUCUCCUCCCUCCUCUCCUCCCUCCUCUCCUACAUCCUCUCCUCCCUCCUCUCCUCCCUCCUCUCCUACAUCCUCUCCUCCCUCCUCUCCUUCCUCCUCUCCUACAUCCUCUCCUCCCUCCUCUCCUACAUCCUCUCCUCCCUCCUCUCCUUCCUCCUCUCCUACAUCCUCUCCUCCCUCCUCUCCUUCCUCCUCUCCUACAUCCUCUCCUCCCUCCUCUCCUCUCUUUCCUCUCCUCCCUCCUCUCCUACAUCCUCUCCUCCCUCCUCUCCUUCCUCCUCUCCUACAUCCUCUCCUCCCUCCUCUCCUCUCUUUCCUCUCCUCCCUCCUCUCCUACAUCCUCUCCUCCCUCCUCUCCUUCCUCCUCUCCUACAUCCUCUCCUCCCUCCUCUCCUUCCUCCUCUCCUACAUCCUCUCCUCCCUCCUCUCCUUCCUCCUCUCCUACAUCCUCUCCUCCCUCCUCUCCUACAUCCUCUCCUCCCUCCUCUCCUCCCUCCUCUCCUACAUCCUCUCCUCCCUCCUCUCCUCCCUCCUCUCCUACAUCCUCUCCUCUCUCCUCUCCUCCCUCCUCUCCUACAUCCUCUCCUCCCUCCUCUCCUUCCUCCUCUCCUACAUCCUCUCCUCCCUCCUCUCCUACAUCCUCUCCUCCCUCCUCUCCUUCCUCCUCUCCUACAUCCUCUCCUCCCUCCUCUCCUUCCUCCUCUCCUACAUCCUCUCCUCCCUCCUCUCCUCUCUUUCCUCUCCUCCCUCCUCUCCUACAUCCUCUCCUCCCUCCUCUCCUUCCUCCUCUCCUACAUCCUCUCCUCCCUCCUCUCCUUCCUCCUCUCCUACAUCCUCUCCUCCCUCCUCUCCUUCCUCCUCUCCUACAUCCUCUCCUCCCUCCUCUCCUUCCUCCUCUCCUACAUCCUCUCCUCCCUCCUCUCCUCUCUUUCCUCUCCUCCCUCCUCUCCUACAUCCUCUCCUCCCUCCUCUCCUUCCUCCUCUCCUACAUCCUCUCCUCCCUCCUCUCCUUCCUCCUCUCCUACAUCCUCUCCUCCCUCCUCUCCUUCCUCCUCUCCUACAUCCUCUCCUCCCUCCUCUCCUUCCUCCUCUCCUACAUCCUCUCCUCCCUCCUCUCCUCUCUUUCCUCUCCUUCCUCCUCUCCUCCCUCCUCUCCUCCCUCCUCUCCUUCCUCCUCUCCUACAUCCUCUCCUCCCUCCUCUCCUUCCUCCUCUCCUACAUCCUCUCCUCCCUCCUCUCCUCCCUCCUCUCCUUCCUCCUCUCCUACAUCCUCUCCUUCCUCCUCUCCUACAUCCUCUCCUCCCUCCUCUCCUCCCUCCUCUCCUCCCUCCUCUCCUCUCUUCCUCUCUUCUUCUCUCCAUGUUUCUCUCCUUUCUUCCUCCUCUUCCCUGUUCUCUCCUCUCAUCUCUCCUCCUCCUUCCCUUUCUCUCAUCUCCUUUCCUCUCCCCUCUCCUUUCUCCUCUUACAGUACUUUGAUGUGCAGGAGAAUGUGGCGCAGUCGCUGGGUGGUCCAGGCCUCUCAGGGGGACGGCCGACCCUGUCCCACUCACAUGCAGCAGUGGAAGCCCUGUCCCGUCAGACCCUGCUACUCCUGGAGAGCGUGGUGUGUGGGGCCGGUCUCCGCUUCCGGAACCUCACCUGCUGGGUGUCUGACGGCUCAGGGGACGACCCAGGGGCCCAGGUGGAGGAAGAGCUGUGCACGGGGCUGGAACUGGGCGGGGAGGGGGGGCAGAGGAUCAGCCUGAAGGAGCCCUGCACUCUGCCCUGUCCUGGGGAGUGCUACCUGAUGGAGUGGUCCGACUGGAGUCCGUGUGUCAGUAUCUGUGUGAAGGAGGCCUCAGUGGACUUUGGCUCAGUCCGGGUUCGGUCCAGAGCCGUGCUGGCCCAAGAACCAGAGAACCUGCAGCAAUGUCCAGACCAAGCCUGGGAGUCUCAGACCUGCACCGGAGGAGACUGUUUUGAGUACAAGUGGAGGAGCAGCAUGACCCCUGACUCUCGGACACUGAUCUGGUGUGAGCGCUCAGACGGACUCAACGUCUCUGGAGGCUGCCCAGCCCUGAGUCCUGGAGCAGACAGCGGCGCCUGUGACCCCCCUUGCCUCAUGCCACGCUCCUUCUGCUCACAGAGCGGCGUGUGUGUGUGCGAAGAGGGCUUCACCGAGCUGCUCUCUGUGGAGGGCGAGUUGCUGCGCUGUGCUCCCAUUCCGGUGCUGGAGCUGCCCACGGCUCCCGACGCCGACCUGGAGAACAGCCGCGCCCUGGACACCACGCAGAGCUCCACUGUGCAGCCGGGGAGAGGGGGGCGGGCCUGGUACCUGCAGCCCUACACAGCUGAUGGGAAGCUGAAGAUGUGGGUGUACGGUGUAGCAGCAGGGGCCCUGGUGCUCCUCAUGUUCAUAGUGUCUAUGAUUUACCUCGCCUGCCACCAUUGUGCCCAACUGCACCGCUCACUACGCGCGCAGGAGGCCGCCGUUAGCAUUGCGGCUAAUGGCGCCAUCCCCAAUGGCUCAGCGCACUGGGAGGGGCCCGACCCGCACCACGUCCUGUACACCUGCCCCGAGUGCAGGGAGCAGGCCCAGAGCAGCGCAGACUCCAAAAAGCCAAAGAGACCUCCCAGAGCGAGGCAGCAGAACAACAACCGCCUGAAACCUCUCACGCUGGCCUACGACGGCGACACAGACAUGUAG